AUGAGUUCAUUUGCAGGUCGGAUGAAGGAGUAUCUUACUAUCUCUGUGGACCGGUUCGACAGAGAGAACUUACAUGCCAGGGCAUAUUUCCUCUCUCACUGUCACAAAGAUCACAUGAAAGGACUGAAGGGACCAAUACUGAAGAGAAAACUGCAGUUCAGUCGCAUGGUCAGGCUGUACUGCUCCUUCGUGACCAAAGAACUUCUGCUGAGCAAUCCCAAAUAUGCUUUCUGGGAGGAAUACAUCGUUCCUCUGGAGCUGGAGAGCCCAACUCAGAUUUCUCUGGUGGAUGAGGCAUCAGGAGAGAAAGAAGAUCUUGUGGUCACGUUGCUCCCUGCAGGCCACUGUCCCGGCUCUGUGAUGUUUCUGUUUGAGGGUUCCCAUGGAAACGUGUUGUAUACAGGAGACUUCAGGUUUGCUGUCGGAGACGCAUCGAGAAUCGAACACCUGCACUCUGGCAGCAGAGUGAAGGAUAUACAGACUGUUUACCUGGACUCCACCUUCUACGAUCCACGAUACUACCAAAUUCCUACUCGGGAGAUGUGUCUGAAUGGUAUCUCAGAGCUGAUAGGAAACUGGAUCAGUCAGAGUCCGUAUCAUGUCGUUUGGCUCAACUGUAAAGCUGCGUAUGGAUACGAAUACCUGUUCACCAACCUGGGAGAGACGUUCAACACACAGAUUCACGUCAGGAGUCUGGAGAUGUUCAAGAAGAUGCCUGAGAUCCUGAGCUACGUGACGACCGAUCGCAGGACACAAAUCCAUGCCUGUCGACAUCCUAAGGAUGAAGAGUUUUUCCAAGGCAACAGGCUGCCGUGUGGCUGCACAGCCUUUGACGGGACUCCUCUUCGUAUCAUCAGCAUCAAACCGUCCACCAUGUGGUUCGGAGAGAGAAUGAGGAAAACCAACGUUAUAAUAAAAACAGGAGGCAGUUCCUUCAGAGCCUGCUUCAGUUUCCAUUCCUCUUACUCGGAGAUUAAAGACUUCCUCUCCUACCUGAAGCCGGUCAACAUCUACCCUAGUGUUAUUCCUCUUGGUCGCACAUUAACCGAGGUGACACAGUUGUUGAAUCUGAUGUGCAGGAAUCAGUCUGAUCAAGUAGCGUUCAUAUACAAACCUCUGGGAGUCCUCAAACGCACCAUGGUGGAGCGACCUACACACGAUUCAGACAGCGAUGACGGGCUGUUUGACGGGCUGGACCUGGCGCCGGUGAGGAAGAAGAUGGGCUUGAACUCCCAAAUAAAAACUGUGAGCCCUUUGAAAACAGCGCCCCCUGUGUCUGCGGUGGAGUCUUUCCCUCUGACCGUCACACACUCGCUGCCUGUUGCACAUAACUACAUGGACUGCACCGAGUCCAAUGAUGAAGAGGAGGAUGGUGGUGAUGAUGAUGAUGCGGGAGAUACAAACCAGAUGAAGGUGGAGGUGAACACCACGAUGAUAAAUGAAAGCAAGAUGAAUAAAGAAGCUGAGAAAAAGAAGAUGGAGGUUGAAGGUUGCAGCUCCUCUAAUCCUCCGAAAUGGGACGACUUCUUCACCGCGGAGACGCUGACGGACAGCCAGAACAGCCAGAACAGCCAGAACAGCCUCAACAGCCAAUCACAGUCCUGCUGCUCUGCCGCAAGCCCCGCCUCCUCCUCCUCAAAAAUGACCGGUUCUCAGACUCCAGAUCUGUUCAGCGACGAAGAAGAAAACCCAGAAACCAACGCACACUUCAGCCUCACCCUGUCGGCCUCUACGUCCAAUCAUUCCUCCCAGAACCAGGACUUGGAGUUAGCCGACACUUUAAUCCUCAAACCCGAGCAGAAGGAGAAGGAACAAGAAGAUUUAAGGACCGAUCCGAUGUCUCAGGAGAUGGAGAGCGACAGCCAGAAGGACCAGCAGGAGCAGGAGGACCAGCAGGAGCAGGAGGAGGAGCUCUCAGAGUCUCAAAUGUCGUCGGACUUUGAUAUUCCCUCCACGCCCGAGUCGAAAAUGCCCCGAGCGGAUGAGUUGUCGCAGCUGUACAGGAAGCUGGCGUCAGGAGAGGAAGUGAUCGUCAGAAAAGGAAGUCAGGGCUUCGCGAGUAGCACCCAGCACCCAGAUAGGACCCACCGGACUCUGACGGUGACGUCACAGAGGAGACUCGCCGGAAAACAUAACGGAGAAAAUGACAACUAA